GGUUCAGAAGAGACAGCUCACAAUGAAGACCUGGUUUGUCCUGCUCCUCCUGGGACUCAUGGUACAGGACGCGGCGGCAGUGACUCACUCUAUGAAGUAUUUCUACACUUCGUCUUCUGGAGUCCCAAACUUCCCAGAGUAUGUGGCUGUUGGAUUGGUUGAUGACUUUGAGAUGGUUCACUAUGACAGUAACACCAAGAGAGCAGAACCCAAACAGGACUGGAUGAGCAGAGUCACAGAAGAUGAUCCUCAUUACUGGGAGAGGGAGACUGGGCACUGGGUGCGUGAACAGCAGCUCUCCAACGCCGACAUUGAAUUUGCAAAGCAGCUCUUCAACCAAACUGGAGGUGCCCACAUUUUCCAGUACAUGUACGGCUGUGACCAGGAUUAUGAGACUGAUGAGGUCAAUGGUUAUAUGCAGUUAGGUUAUGAUGGAGAAGACUUCAUAUCAUUGGACCUGAAGACAGAGACCUGGAUCGCUCCAAAACAACAGGCUCUUGCCACCAAACACAAGUGGGACAAUGACAAAGCUCGGACAGCAGCGUUUAAACACUACCUGACCCAGCAGUGUCCUGAGUGGGUGAAGAAGUAUCUGAACUAUGGGAGGAGCUCUCUGCUGAGAACAGGUCUUCCCUCAGUGUCUCUCCUCCAGAAGUCUCCCUCCUCUCCAGUCAGCUGCCACGCUACAGGUUUCUACCCUGACAGAGCCAUGAUGUUCUGGAGGAAAGAUGGAGAGGAGCUUCAUGAGGACGUGGACCUCGGAGAGAUCCUCCCCAACCACGAUGGAUCCUUCCAGAUGAGUGUUGACCUGGACCUUUCAUCAGUCCCAGCUGAAGACUGGAGGAGGUACGACUGUGUGUUUCAGCUCUCUGGUGUGGAGGACGACAUCAUCACCAAACUGGACAAAGAAGACAUCAGGACCAACAGAGUUCAUCCCCCAGAGUUCCCUGCUGGUGCUGCUGUUGGAGUUGCUGUAGGACUGCUGCUGCUGCUGGCACUCUGCAUCUCUGGACUCUUCAUCUGGAGAAGGAACAAUAAUGGCUUCCGGCCUGCUAACAGGUGACAGUGACGAUCAGAAGAGGAUGCUGAACUCCACUGAGUGAGGAGUCCACAUUUUCCUAGACAGGAUUGUCUCUAAGAAAAACCCGUCUAGAGAUUACUGACUGAUGCAGGACUGACAGAGCCGGGACGGUGGCUGCCUUUUAAGACUGUAAGACAUGAAGUUGGAAGAACCACUAGACGCACAAGUCCCAGUGUUCCAAUACUACCGUACUAUUUAGUAUGUCAGGAAAAAGAUUUAGUACAUCACAAUGCAUAGAAUGUCAAAUGCAGUUUGCCAAAAAAUACCAGGAUGUGCUACUGCAUCUGGUCAGAUGUUGCAGUAGGCAAGC